CCUUCACUCCUUCUUCUUACAAUCACUCCACUUCACUCCAGUUUCCUUUUUCUCUCUCAAAAUGGAGUCCUCCUCCAAGUUCUAUGCUUACCUCAUCAUUUGCAUGCUUUUCAUCUCUUCAGCUACACCUAUUCUUGGUUGUGGCUAUUGUGGAAAGCCACAUAAAAAACACAAACCAGGUAAAAAACCAAUCGUCACUCCACCAACAGUUAAACCACCAACAACAAAACCGCCAGUCACAAUACCCCCUAUCACAGUCCCUCCAGUUGUUCCUCUUCCUCCUCUUCCAGUCCCUCCAGUGGUACCUAUUCCACAUGUUCCAAUCCCUCCAGUCACAGUUCCUCCAGUUGUACCUCUUCCUCAUGUUCCAAUCCCUCCAGUGACACCUCUUCCUCAUGUUCCAAUCCCUCCAGUUGUACCUCUUCCUCAUGUUCCUCUUCCUCCUCUUCCAGUCCCUCCAGUUGUACCUCUUCCAAAUGUUCCAAUCCCUCCAGUUACCGUUCCUCCGGUGCUUAAUCCACCAAGCACAGGAGGAAGUCCACCAAAGAAAGGAGGGGGUUCAUGUCCACCACCAUCAGUUACACCUACACCUACACCAUCACAUGAAACUUGUCCAAUUGACACAUUGAAACUAGGUGCAUGCGUUGAUUUACUAGGCGGUUUGGUUCACAUUGGACUUGGUGACCCUGCUGUCAACAAGUGUUGUCCUCUUCUUCAAGGACUUGCUGAAAUCCAAGCUGCUGCAUGUCUUUGCACAACUCUUAAGAUUAAGCUUCUUAACCUUAAUAUCUAUGUUCCACUUGCUCUUCAGCUUCUUUUGGCUUGUGGAAAAACUCCACCUCCUGGUUACACUUGUUCCCUCUAAACCAGUGAAUGGUUGAAAUCGACAUGAGAGGAUGUCGAGCCACUCUCUAUCUCUUCCUUCUGGAUUGUUGUAAUUGUUUGUUUGAAUAUUAAUUAUUUGUAAAACCAUUUGUUUUUGAUUCAGAUUGUUGCAUGUAUGUUUAGUUUAAUCCUAGCUAGGCAAAGCAAACAUGCAUGCUUUCUAUAUGUAACCUUUUGAACAUGUUAUUCAUUUGAUUUGCGUUUUGGUCAA